AUGUCCGUCGAAGCUCUUCUCACCGAAAUCAAGCACUUCAGCGCCCAUCGUCUCGAGCUCGCUGUUGGCGAACAACUCGUCUACGGAGGAAAGCGUGUCUUCUCCGACGUGAAGCCAGGAACUUCUUCCGAGCACAAGACCGACAAGAAGGACGGUAAGAAUUGUGACUUUGUCAGAUGACGCAACGUUCACAAGCUUUUAAAGGAAGGCACGGAAAGGCAGGCAAGAACGACCUCAAGGCCGCUAUUCACGGAGCCAAGGAUGUUGCCAAGCACGCCUUGAGAAACAAGAGUGGAAAGAGCGGUAAGCAAUGCGAUCGCAUUAUUAAAAAUAAGGAGAUUUUUUAAGAGUCCGGAUCCGGCGACGUCGAAGCACUCAAGGAGAACCACGAAGCCUUGGUCAAGAAGGUUGAGCUUUUGGCCAAUCUUGUUGAUGAGCUCAGGCUCGAAAUCUCCACUCUUCGCCAAGGAAAGGUAAAUCGAACCGUUUUGAUUCUCGGCGAUGGGAACCUCUCGUUCUCGUUGGCCAUUGCUCUGUCGGACCCGCGCACUAUCUUCUUCGCCACCGUAUUUGAUUCGAGAGAUGCAUUUUUGCAAAAAUAUGAAGCACAGGAAACCUUGGACGCUCUUCAAAGUUUGGAAAAUGUAGUUCUGCUUUUCGGAGUCGACGCCACCGCCUUGCCUGCUCGCUGGAAGUCAAAGUUUUCCACUGUCAUAAUGAACUUUCCGCAUCCUGGCGGCAAGACCAACCUCAGGAAGAGUAAGAUUUUGCUCGCGGCAAUCUUCAAAAGCCUCUGUUCCAUUAUGAGUUUCGACGCGGAAUUCCGGUUAAGUUUAGCUACUGGUCAGUCUGGAAUCGACAAAAUUAGCGAAGAAUGGAUUGACGAGCUUCCGUUGCACAAAAAAGACUCCUGGCAAGCCAUCUAUAUCGGCGCGGAGGAAGGAUUCCUGUUAGACUCGGCCGCAGUUUUUGAAACUAAGCAGUUCGAGUUGUACAAGUCUUCCGGUUACAAGGAGACGCUGAAAGGGUUCAAUACUCGAGAAGCGUUGACCCUCGUUUUCAAGAGAUGCGAUAAUCAAGGAAAGACUCUGAACGACUUCAAACUUCACCGGGAGCUGACGAAAAAAGCCAUCUUCAACUACUAUCGACCGUUUUACACUCAAGAUCUGUCUUUCCUGUUCAAAGAAGACGAAGAAACUGGAGAGAAAACAGCACUUCAGCUUUUAAAGGAACUCGGCGGAAGCUGUCUGGCUCAGAUUAUUGAAGUAGAAGCUUUGCGGUCAAUUUGCCCGGAGCCGCGUCUUCCCAAUAGAAUCUACAGGAUAAUUUGGCAAGGAAUCGAUCUUCCGAUGGGCCGAGAGGCCUGUGGACGAGUGCAUGAAGAAUUGCGAGUUCAAAUUGUCGAGCAGAUCGUCUCCAGACGUCUGCCAAUAUUUUUGACUUGAAAGUUGGAUUCAGAAGACAGACGUACGGGUCAACCCUUGUUUUGUUGAUUUUCUUUUUGUUUCACCAUAAAAUUUAGCAGAAUAGUGCAAUAGUGACAGUGUAUCAGGGUCCGUCAGAGCCAGAGUAUCUUUCAAUCUAAAAAUUUCAUUUUCAGGCCGCAUCCCCAGCCGCUGCUGCCACCCCGGCUGCUACCGAAGCUGCCGACGAUGACUUCGAUCUUUUCGGGUCUGACGAUGAGGAGGAGGACGCAGAGAAGAAGAAGAUAGUUGAGGAGAGACUCGCCGCGUACGCCGAGAAGAAGUCCAAGAAGGCUGGUCCGAUCGCCAAGUCGUCGGUCAUCCUCGACGUGAAGCCGUGGGACGAUGAGACUGAUCUCGCCGAGAUGGAAAAGCUCGUCCGCUCCAUCGAGAUGGACGGACUCGUCUGGGGAGGAGGCAAGCUCAUUGCCAUCGGAUACGGUUAGAAACCACUCCUAAUUCAAUCAAAAUUAUUCCAUUUUCAGGAAUCAAGAAGCUCCAGAUCAUCACCGUCAUCGAGGAUCUGAAGGUUUCCGUCGACGACCUCAUCGAGAGAAUCCAGGGGGACUUCGAGGAUCACGUCCAGUCCGUCGACAUCGUUGCCUUCAACAAAAUCUAA